CUCCGUCCCCGUGUCCCUCAGUCCCUCAAUCCCUCUGUCCCUCAGUCCCUCAUUCCCUCUGUCCCUCCGUCCCUGUCUCCUGUCCCUCUGUCUCUCUGUCCCUCUGUCCCUCCGUUCCUCUCUCCUGUCCCUCAGUCCCUCUGUCCCUCGGUCCCUCUCUCCUGUCCCUCUGUCCGCCGUUCCUCUCUCCUGUCCCUCUGUCCCCCGUUCCUCUCUCCUGUCCCCCUGUCCCCCGCCCCCGGCGCGGUCGCUCGGAGCAGCGCUGAGCCCGCCCCGCGUGUCACGCACGGCAGCAGCGGAGCUCGGCCGGCUCCGGGCACGAUUGCUGCUGCUGCUGCUCGCAGCGGCUCCGCAUGGGGAAUGAAGGAACCCGGAGCAGCCCCGCGUUUGUGACUCCGGCUGCCCUGGGCUGCCCAAAAGCCGGGCAGGUUGGCCGUGCCGGGGCUGGGGCUCUCCGGGGACAUGAAUUCUCCUGCUCGCAGCGCCCGGGGCUUUGCAGCCACUUCGCGGGUCCACAGAUGACUUUGAGCUGACUCGCCGAGGGACACAACCCCAGCUUGCUAUGGAGGAUGAUUUUAAAGAUGAAUUCCUACCUUGGUGAUGAAUCCAAUACAUCGAUACCGGGAUAUUUCAAAAGCUCUACACUAAAUAAUGCCAAUUUUUCUGCAAACAACUCCAACGAGACAGGAAGCAACCUGGAUUCACCUGCCUUGGCGACCAGCAGGGCAAUCAUUGUGGGGCUGAUCCUCGGUGCCUUUAUUCUCUUCGCUAUCAUAGGUAAUAUCCUGGUAAUUCUCUCGGUCGCUUGCAACAGACAUUUAAGAAUCCCCACGAACUAUUUCAUCGUUAACCUGGCCAUAGCAGACCUGCUGCUGAGUUUCACUGUCCUGCCCUUCUCUGCCACCCUGGAAGUGCUCGGCUACUGGGUUUUGGGGAGGAUUUUCUGUGACAUCUGGGCAGCGGUGGAUGUGCUGUGCUGCACAGCCUCCAUCCUGAGCCUGUGUGCCAUCUCCAUCGACAGGUACAUCGGGGUGCGCUACUCGCUGCAGUAUCCCACGCUGGUCACCAGAAAAAGGGCCAUUCUGGCYCUGCUGGGGGUCUGGGUCCUGUCCAUGGUGAUUUCCAUUGGGCCACUGCUGGGCUGGAAGGAGCCGGCCCCGCAGGACGACAGGGAGUGCCGGAUCACCGAGGAGCCCUUCUAUGCUCUYUUCUCCUCCCUGGGCUCAUUUUACAUCCCCUUAAUCGUCAUCCUCGUCAUGUACUGCCGGGUCUACAUYGUGGCCAAAAGGACUACCAAGAACCUGGAAGCUGGGGUGAUGAAGGAAAUGUCCAACUCCAAGGAGCUGACCUUACGGAUUCACUACAAGCACGUUCACGAGGACACGUUAAACAACACCAAAUCCAAGGGGCACAAUCCCAGGAACUCCUUAGCCUUCAAACUUUUAAAAUUCUCCCGAGAAAAGAAGGCGGCCAAGACGUUGGGAAUUGUGGUCGGCAUGUUCAUCCUGUGCUGGCUCCCCUUCUUCAUUGUCCUGCCACUGGGAUCCCUGUUUUCGGCUCUGAAGCCCCCUGAAACGAUCUUCAAGGUGAUUUUUUGGCUCGGCUACUUCAACAGCUGCUUGAAUCCCAUCAUCUACCCCUGCUCCAGCAAAGAGUUCAAGAGGGCUUUUAUCCAGAUCCUGAGAUGCCAGUGCCACCGGCGCAAGCAGCUGGGCUGGUGGCCCUACAGCUACAGAAACUGGAACCGCUGCUCCUUCGAGCAYGCCAGGAAAGAUUCCCUGGAAGACAGCGGCAGCUUCCUGAGCGGCAGCCAGAGGACUUUAUCCUCAGCAUCCCCCAGCCCCGGCUACGUGAGCAGGAUCAGCCACCCGCAGCUGGAGCUGUGCACGCUGCACGAGUGCAGGAACUGCAGCUCSCUGCUGAGCCCGGCCCGCGGGACCGGCGGGCAGCAGGACCAGUGCCAGUUCUUCACCUUCCAGCUCCUGCCCGAGCACAACGGGCACGGCCCUGCCGCUGGCCAGGGCUCGGGGAGUGAGCCCGCAGGGACACCCUGAGAGAGAGCACUGCCUGGGGACAAACUCCCGGYGGGAAUGAAGCAUUCCAACUGCUCUGCUCCCCUUGGACACUGCCCAGCCUCACCGYGCAAUGGACUGCGCAGAAUUCCUCGGGAUAGCUCGGGAAGGGGGCAGGGAGGAAMGGGCAGGGUUUGUCACAGCAGUGGYCAAGAGCUGGGACUGACCAUAUUCCCAAUUGAUUUCCAGAGAAACUACUGAAGCAUGAGCAGAGUGCAGGGAGGGUGCUGGAUGCACCCAGGGAAGGGCACCUGGGAUUCCUCAGCUGUCCU